AUGAAGAUGAGCACUUCGGAUAUCAACCGCUAUCUGUCGAAGCAGCUUGGCGGGUCCCAAAAUAUUCUUAAGCAAGUACUGGCAAGUACGACACUUGAAAGGACGAAAACUAUUUUGGAUGCGUUUGCGGAUGGAGAUGCUGGCAACGACGUUCUUUUCGUUCAGGACCAAAUGGAUAUUACGUGCGUGAUUGCUAUGCAAACGUCAAUCCAAAAGAAGUCUUGGGGCGACACUACGUCUCGUCGUAACGACGGCAACGGGAGAGGGAUCCCCGUUAUUGAUUCCUAG